CCAUCGGGCCCGGCAGGGCCUGCACCUGCGCCCGCAGCGCUCGCCUCCGCACGCCGCGCCGCAGCCCAUGGCCCCUACGCGGCUGCAGCUGGGCCUCCGCGCCGCCUACGCCGGCGUCAGCUCGGUAGCCGGCUUCUCCAUCUUCCUCGUCUGGACCGUGGUCUACAGACAGCCGGCGACCGCGGCCAUGGGCGGGCUCGCAGGUGUGCUGGCGCUCUGGGUGCUGGUGACGCAUAUCAUGUACAAGCAGGACUACUGGAGGACCUGGCUCAAGGGGCUUCGUGGCUUCUUCUUCGUGGGUGUUCUCUUCGCCACCGUCUCCGUGGCCGCCUUCUGCACCUUCCUCGCGCUGGCCAUCACCCAACACCAGAGCCUCACUGACCCCGGCGGCUACUACCUGUCGUGUGUGUGGAGCUGCAUCUCCUUCAAGUGGGCCUUCCUGCUGGGCCUGUACGCCCACCGCUACCGGGCGGACUUCGCCGACAUCAGCAUCCUCAGCGACUUCUGACCUGGAUGGGGCCGGCAGGCACCCAGGACUCUGGCAGGAAACAGGUCUCAGGACGAGGGGCGUGGGGGCGGGGUCCUGCCUCAGGGCCGCCGUGACACUGAUGAAGUGUGACGGGUGGGGUGGGGACCCUGUGGCCUGCUGCCCCGGCCGCCGCCCUGGGGGCUGUCAGCAGCCCCCUCCCGAGGGCCGGCGUGCCACUCGCCUCACACACACGUGUGCUCGCACCCGCCUGCCCGGGGGGCACGGGGGGCAGUGCUGCUGCCCCACACCUGCUCCCUGCACCGCGCCCCUCACUGCCCCUCCACUACGGGGCUGCCCCGCCGCCGCCCUCUCCCACGUGGAGGCCCUGCCCCAGCGCUGCCUUAUCUGUGGUCACUGCGCCGGCCCUUUGGAUUGACCCUGGUUUCUCGCGGGGCGGAGACCUUCGGGAAGGGGCCGUGCCCAGGGCUGCAGCGCUGUCACGCCGGUCACGCCAUCCCCACCUCGAGGCCCUGCCCAGCUGCUGCAGGCUCAGGAGCAGGCCUGGAAAGGCCGGGCAGGCCCAGAGCCGCGAAGGCAGGGCUCCCUCCCUUGGUGCGGCCUCCUGUCCUCACGGGCGGGCAGCAGGGCCAGGUAGGUGGAGAACAGGCUCCUCCUGAAGGGCUGCAGCCCAGCCCGCACGCGGCUCAGAACUGCACGGUCCUCUCACAGGCGUUUUUAAAGCAAAUAAAACAUUUAUUGUUCAGA